AUGCAGCCGCUGCCAGGAGACCGGCCGGGAAGAUGGAGGAGAGGUGUCUGCCUCCAACAGGUGGGCCCUCGGUCGUACCUGGUGGAUGUUGAAGGAACUUUGUACAGGCGUAACAGAGUGGCCCUAAGACCAGCCGAAAAGGACACAUCAGAUAGACCACAGGAAGGACAGGUCGCGGAUGUGGUGCUCCUCUGUGUGCUGGAUCUGGGGUGGCCCACCCGGCUGCCAGCGCGCAGUUCAGCUCGGAUCCCUUGA